AUGCCUGCAUCUCACACGGGACCUGGCAACUGUUUCGUUGACGCAAACAUCGCCAUGCAGGGAUAUCACUUGAUGGGGUGCCCACCACCCCAGCAACUGGCCUCAAGCAUCAACGUCUUAAAUGGACUGCCUGUAUAUUCCGGACUACCUGGAUAUAAUUUCAUCCCAUACCCACAGAUGAGACACAUGGUAAGUCACUUGUUAUCCCCAUAUGAGCUGAAAGCGGCCUCGCCGUACCACCACCACCACCCACUCCUGAGACGCGACGCCUUCUACUCCUCAUAUCGGACAGUGGUCGCAGAGGACCCCAGCCGGACCAGCAAAGUGGCCAGCCGGGAAAGCACCAGCGCUCUCAAGAGUUGGCUGAACGAACACCUAAAGAACCCCUACCCUACCAAAGGGGAAAAGAUCAUGCUCGCCAUCGUCACCAGGAUGACACUGACGCAGGUGUCCACAUGGUUCGCCAACGCGCGGAGACGCCUGAAGAAAGAAAACCGUGUCAGUUGGACGUCAAAAAGUAAAUCUGACGAAGAAGAUGAUGACGAGGAGGAGGAGGAGGGUGAAAGUGAGGAGGAUGUCACGUUGCACCAGAAAAGCAUCUCAUCAUCGGUUUUUGAUGAGGAGGAGGAUGAAAUUGAUCCAGAGACUGUGGAUGAGGAGGAGGAGGAGGAGACGUGCCGAGCGCCAGAGCCCGAAUGCGCGUCUGGGUCGUUGGAUACAGGAUUACCCGAUCGUGGUGUUGUUGUUGAACAGCAAAAAGAAAGUUGCUGUUCGGCGGAUGUAUGUGUAGAAGGCAAACGAAGUGCAAGUGAAUCCGUCAAGGACAAUACAAACGGAGACGGCGCACAGAAACAGAAAAUCUGGUCGUUAGCAGAAAUUGCCACUUCAAAAACUGAUACGAAGCCUGCAGCAAUCUCCCACCAUGGCAUCACGAGUAGUGGGGUGGACGUUGGAAAGUUGUGGUUGCACUGGGCCUCCAGGAAUGGACUGUACCUUCCAGCAAAUUAUGACUUUUUGAAACAGGACAGUAGCGCGCAAACGGGUUUAUGA